UAGUAUAUUUUUGUAUUAUAUUUUUUUCUGCCUUGUUUCUUUACCUUCUCUUCAACCAUUUGUUUCUUCGAUUUGGUGAUCUGUUUCCUAAGACAACGGGUACUUGAUCUUUGUUCUUGUUCUAAUUGGUCACUGAUGAGUGACUGGUGACUGAGAAUUCUGCAAUGAGAAUUCUAGAGAGAGAAUGAGUGAUUGAUUGGGAUUUUUUUUUCCCAGAUGGGGUUUUGACGUUAUGAGCGGUGAUUGUUGAAAGGGUUGAGUUAUAUACUCAUAUUGAGAUAUAUAUUUGUUGGGUUUUCGGAUUUGUUUUGGAUUUGAUAUGGGUUGGUGUUUUCCAUGUUUUGGAUCGUCAAACAAGGAAGGGAAUGGUGUGAAAGAAGUGGUGAAGAAAGACUCUGUAAAGGAAGGUUCAGCAGCUCAGUCUCACCAUGUGACCAGAGUUGGUUCAGAAAAAUCAAAAUCUCGGAGUGGUUCUGAUACUAAGAAGGAACCAGCAGUUCCAAAAGAUGGACCAAUGGCGAAUAUUGCUGCCCAAACAUUUACAUUUCGUGAGCUUGCUGCUGCCACAAAGAACUUUAGACCAGAAUGCCUGCUGGGUGAAGGUGGGUUUGGACAUGUUUAUAAGGGCCGCUUAGAGAGCACAGGACAGGUAGUUGCAGUGAAACAGCUUGAUCGGAAUGGCCUUCAAGGAAAUAGAGAAUUUCUGGUAGAGGUUCUCAUGCUUAGCCUCUUACAUCACCCAAACCUCGUUAAUUUGAUAGGUUAUUGUGCUGAUGGAGACCAGCGUCUCCUUGUUUAUGAGUUUAUGCCACUAGGAUCGCUGGAGGACCAUUUACAUGAUUUACCACCGGAUAAAGAACCUCUAGACUGGAAUACAAGGAUGAAGAUUGCAGCAGGUGCGGCAAAAGGAUUGGAAUAUUUGCAUGAUAAAGCAAACCCUCCUGUCAUAUACAGAGACUUAAAAUCGUCCAACAUCCUUCUUGAUGAGGGCUAUCACCCCAAGUUAUCGGAUUUUGGUCUUGCAAAACUGGGUCCCGUUGGUGAUAAAACUCAUGUCUCCACACGGGUGAUGGGAACCUAUGGUUAUUGUGCUCCUGAAUAUGCCAUGACUGGUCAACUAACUCUGAAGUCUGAUGUCUAUAGUUUUGGAGUCGUCUUUCUUGAACUCAUUACAGGACGCAAGGCUAUUGACAACACGCGCAUCCCUGGAGAGCAUAAUCUUGUUGCAUGGGCAAGGCCACUUUUCAAGGAUCGAAGGAAAUUCCCGAAAAUGGCUGAUCCACUGUUACAAGGCCAUUUCCCAAUGCGGGGACUUUACCAAGCACUGGCUGUUGCAGCCAUGUGCUUGCAAGAACAAGCUGCUACAAGGCCUUUAAUAGGGGAUGUUGUGACUGCUCUGACAUAUUUAGCCUCUCAAACUUAUGACCCAAAUGCAGCCACUGCCCAGAGUAAUAGGGUUGGUCCAUCUACUCCUAGGAGCAAGGAUGAUAGAAGGAAUAUGGCAGAUGGGCUUGAUAGCCCAGACGAGCCUAGACGGCAUGGUUCCCCUUCCACCCAUAAGAAUUCUCCUGAUUUCAGAAAGAAAGAGUCUGUAGGCACUGGUGCACGGUUAGGAAGGAGUGAAACCAGUGGUGGGUCUGGAAGGAAAGGCAGCAUGGAUGAUUUAGAGCAUCAGGAAUCUCAGAGAGACAGCCCUGUAAGUAUGGGGAGAGCAAGAGAAACACCCAGGAACCGAGAUGUAGACAGACAGCGUGCAGUUGCGGAGGCAAAAAUGUGGGGUGAGAAUUGGAGAGGGAAAAGAGGGGCAAAUGCAACGGGUAGCUUUGAUGGUACAAAUGAGUAAUUAAACUGAAUCACCGAGGUAAUGUCGAAUUGGUCUUUAUAGGGGAACAACUGUUGUAUUCCUCCAAGGGUCAUCAUGAAGAAAACGGAAAAUUUGCUGAUGUGUCAUCCUUUACUAUCUUGGUUUUCCAUAAUCCCCAGGGAAUAAUGGCUCGUGUCCAACUUUGGCUGUCAUUGGUUGUCCUGUAUCAUUCUUCUUGUGCAGUAUGGUACCGAAUGAUUCAAUUAUGUGGUGAAGGAGAGACGGUUAAAAGAAGGAAUCGGAUGAGGGUUAGUGUUUGAUUUUGGGCAUUUUUCAGGUAACACCACUGCAGAAUGUUGUAUGGUAACAUGUUAAUCUAUGUAUUUAUGGCUUUCAAGAGUUGAUGAUAAAGAAGAAAAGUUGGAAAGACGCCCAAAUUUGCCCUAAUGUCUUGUAUGUUGUGGGAAACAUGGUGGGUUUGGUUUGGGUGUCUCAUUGUUCCAUUGGCACAUUUUGAAUAUUCAUAUACAGUCUUUAUUGUAUGA